AUGCUAGCAGGACAAAAACACAUCCUGCACAUACACUCACGCAUUCCCGUCUCCGGUCUGGUAACCGUUGAGUGGUGUCAAGUACGAAAUUCCCUGUCGAUCAACACUUACCAUGGGUUACAAGCCAGUGAGCCGACACAAGUCAAGAAGUCAAGGUACCACACCUGUGCUCGGACGGUGCAGUGUGAAGAUAUGUCAGUAAACCCAUUUCCAAGCCUGGCCAAGCGUUUCAUACACAACCGAAAGCCUCGAGGAAAAUCCAACAAGGUGGUAAGAUUUAUAAUCGCCCCAAUCGAGUCCAUUCCUACAAAAGCGAAGUUGUACUCUUUCAAAGAACACUUCAAUAUCCCAAGGCGCGCCACCCGUGACGAUUGGAUACACGAUGGAACCUUCCACGAUGCCAUUGCAGGAUUGCUACUCGCAGCCCAAUUCUGUGGUGUAAUGCCGGUCUGCGGCAUUACGGCGAAGGACCCCAAAAUGCUGUACUUUUCGUGGAAGAGCAAGCGGACUUUCUACACAUACGCAGCCUGUCUAGGGACGGCCUUUUUUUCGGUCAACGCCAUCAUCCGGUUCUUCAUGAGAAACUUUAGCUUCGUCGCCAUGACAGUGGUAUUCUUCUACACGUACAAUCUUUAUGGGCUCUAUUGUUUCCUAAGGGUGGCCCAAAAAUGGCCCGCACUGAUCCGAAGGUGGCACCAAGUGGAGCAACUUCUUCCACAGAGUAGCAAUCUUCUGGAACGAGCAGUCCUUGCAAAAAAGAUCAAACUGAUAUCCACUUUUCUGAUUACAAUGUCGCUGAUGGAGCACCUGAUUUCGAUUAUAUCGGCAGUUUACUAUUCACCUAAUUGCCCUGAGAUUCCAGACCCACUGGAUAAAUUUAUGAAAACCAACUUUAUUUUCAUAUUUCAUUUUUUCAAAUACAGUAAACUUCGGGGAUUCUUUGUCAAGCUUAUCAACGUGAUCAGCACCUUCGUGUGGAGUUAUGUAGAUUUAUUUGUGAUUGUGGUUAGCAUUGGACUUUCACAUUGCUACAAGAGGAUCAAUGAAUUUCUGAUGGAACACAAACGGAAGAAAAUGACGGAACGCUUCUGGGGUGAACAGCGCGUGAACUACCGCAACAUUUGCGACCUGGUUCAAAGUGUUGAUGAUGUCAUCUCUGUCAUAACUAUGCUGUCGAUAUCAAAUAAUUUAUUUUACAUUUGCAUUUCGAUCUUGAACAGCCUAAAUUCUCAACCCACCAUCGCCCAUAUGCUGUACUUCUGGUUCGGGCUUGCAUUCCUCAUAGGCCGAACCUUAGCCGUAACGAUGUAUGCCGCCGAGGUAAACGAUGAGUCCAUGCGACCGAUCGAAGUCCUCCGAACGAUUCCUCGCGAAGGUUGGUGUCUUGAAGCAAAACGUUUCACAGAGGAAGUUAUCAACGACACGGUUGCAUUGACCGGGAUGAAAUUCUUCAACAUGACCCGCCAGCUAGUACUGAAAGUGACUGGGACCAUCAUAACCUACGAAUUAGUGCUGAUACAGUUCCAUCAGAAUGACCAAGAGGAAGUGGAUUUGUGUACGAUGCAGUGGGUUUAA